UUGUUCCCCUCGCCCCGAGCAGCCAACUUCUUCACUGGGUAUCCGGUGUUGUUGGAGGCGGCGCCGGGGAAGAACCAACAGUCGUUGGUGGACACGGGCGGCGAGGCAGGGACGGCAAGGAUGAUCUUCUGUAUGAACUACAGGAGCAUCAGAAUUGCGUGUCCCGUCUCUCAAGAUGAUGGGUUUUGCCUGGGUUGGGAUGUGUGCUGAGUCUUACCUCGGUGCACAUCUUGUCCCAGGUCAGGACCCGCCCGUCUCCUGAACGGAGAGGCAUCUUGAGCUCUGCGCCCGAGCCGGCCAGAGGCCCAAUCAUCGUGGGUGGGAGAGCUGCCAUCUAGGCGUCUGUCUCCUUCUCCAACAUGAUGGCGGCGGCGACGCGGGGUGGUGGUGGUGGUGGUGAUGGGGGCGGCGAGGGCGACUGCGGCGGCGGCUUCUGGGCAGAGAUGGGGGCACCGGCCUCGUCGAGCUCUACGUCGUCGUCGUCGUCAUCGCGGCGGCGCUUGGCGGGGAUGCGGGCGCGGGGGGCAGCAGACAGAGACAGGACUGGGAGGGAAUCGGCCAUCUUGGGCAAAAGAAUCUUACGACGAUGGGCGAUGCAGAUGGGAAGAUCUGACGACAGACGUCCGACGACACUUCAUACGUCAUACACUCGCAGUCCUACCUCUUGCACAAGGAGGCAGUUGCUUGUGGUGGUGUCAGCUGCUGCCCAUUACUCGGGUCCUACGUCAUGGUGAUUGUGUUCUCUGCUCAGUCCUCCCACAUGGGAACUGCGCACCCAGGUGUCCCGCCUGCCCAAGCCCGACGAAUAAUGAAAGAACGAACGAUUGCCAGUUAAUGGUUGAGCUUGACUCUAGUUUGACAUUGUGAAAAGACAUAGGAGGUGUAGAAUAGGUGGGAGCUUCGGCGCCGGUGAAAUACC